UGGCGCGAGAGCGAGCUGGCCGCAGGUGGAGCUGCUGGUCGAGGCACCAGAGCCACUAGUUAACCUGGGUUCCCCGCGCAGUCAGGCUCACGCGCACGCGCACUCCCGUCCGGCCGCCUCAGCGCCUCGGGGCUUGGGUAGCGCGGCUUCUCCAGUGGGCGGAGCUGCGAGGCCCUCUCCUGGCCACGUGACCGGAGCCAACAUGGCGGCGCCCGUCGGCGUCCACCUGCUCGUCCGUGGAGGUUGUCAGAGAAUUUUCUCUUCUCCACUCAGUCCUCUCUACUUACACAAGCGGUCAGGCAGUCAACAAAGAAGAAAUUUCUUUUUCUGGAGACAAAGGGAUAUCUCGCACAGUAUAGUUUCGCCGGCCGCAGUUUCUCCCGCACAUCCUGUCCCCAAGCACAUAAAGAAGCCAGACUAUGUGACGACAGGCAUUGUGCCGGACUGGGGAGAGAGCAUAGAAGUUAAGAAUGAAGAUCAGAUCCAAGGGCUCCGUGAGGCCUGUCAGCUGGCCCGGCACGUCCUCCUCCUGGCCGGGAAGAGCUUGAAGGUUGACAUGACAACGGAAGAGAUAGAUGCACUAGUUCAUCGGGAAAUCAUCCGUCAUGACGCCUAUCCCUCACCUCUGGGCUAUGGACGCUUUCCAAAAUCUGUCUGUACCUCUGUAAACAACGUGCUCUGUCAUGGCAUUCCUGACAGCCGACCUCUUCAGGAUGGAGAUAUUAUCAACAUUGAUGUCACAGUCUAUUACAAUGGCUACCACGGAGACACCUCUGAAACCUUUUUGGUGGGCACUGUGGAUGAAUGUGGUAAGAAGUUAGUAGAGGUUGCCAGGAGGUGCAGAGAUGAAGCAAUUGCAGCUUGCAGAGCCGGGGCCCCCUUCUCUGUGAUUGGAAACACCAUCAGCCAUAUAACUCAUCAGAACGGUUUGCAAGUCUGUCCACAUUUUGUGGGACAUGGGAUAGGAUCAUACUUUCAUGGACAUCCAGAAAUUUGGCAUCAUGCAAAUGACAAUGAUCUGACCAUGGAGGCAGGCAUGGCUUUCACAAUAGAGCCAAUCAUCACUGAGGGGUCCCCAGAAUUUAAAGUCAUGGAGGACGAGUGGACUGUGGUUUCACUGGACAACCAAAGGUCCGCACAGUUCGAGCACACAGUCCUCAUCACGUCCAGCGGCGUGGAGAUCCUGACCAAACUGCCUCAAGAAGCCUGACAGUCUACCAGCAAGGCCACCGAGGCCCAGGGCCUGUUUUCUUAAGGAGACCUCUGAGAACUGAGUUACCAGCCACAGGCCACAUUGGAGCCUUCGAUGUCUCGGAGAAAAAUACAUCGAGGACAAGGGGCUUUGGGGACUCAGUCUGCGGCCUGCAAUGGCCCCUGAAGAACCACCUUCCUGGGCAGUUGGUUUGCCCUUUCCCUGAUUCUAAUUCUGAUUUUCCUGAAAUCUAUUCCAGGUUUUAUCCAAGUUUAAAAAAACAAACAAAAACAAAACAAAUAAAACAACAACAAAAAGCCCAAGACAAAAACCUCUUAAA